AUGGCUGGAGGCGUUGUCAAGAAGCCCGUCAACAUCUUCAAGCUGGGCGAUGUCGGUGAGCCAAAGGGCGUCUUUAACUGGCGACUAUGGUUUGCUGUCUUUGCUUUCGGCCUCAUGGGUGCGGCGCGUGGUAUUGAUGAGGGUCUGAUCUCGGGUGCUUUCAAGUCAAAGGACUUCAAGAAAUACAUCCACUUUGAGGAUUACUCGACUGUCGAACAGGCCAACAUCAAGGCUAAUGUUUCGGCCAUGGUUCAGAUUGGUUGUGUUGGAGGCGCAUUGAUUGCUUUCCUCAUCUGCGAUAGAAUCGGACGUAUCUGGGCUACUCGACAGCUCUGCAUUGUUUGGAUCGUCGGAAUUGUCAUCUUCAUGGCCAACGGUGGCAGUCUCGGUGCCGUAUACGCCGGUCGUUUCAUCGCAGGUCUCGGAGUUGGUCAAACAGCCGUUGUCGGUCCCGUCUAUCUCGCCGAAAUCGCCCCAACGGCUGUUCGUGGUCUCUGCACUUGUGUAUUCUCUGGUUUCGUCUAUCUCGGCAUCGUCUUGGCUUACUUCGCCAACUACGGCUGCUCUCUUCACAUGGGCGACAACACUCACGCCCGCUGGCUCGUUCCUACCAGCCUUCACAUCAUGUUUGCAGGCUUGAUUCUGAUUCUUAGCUUCUUCGUCGACGAAUCUCCUCGCUUCCUCAUCAAGAAGGGCCAAACCGAGAAGGCUACUGCUGUUAUGGCUCGCCUCCGACAACAAGAUCCCGAGUCCGAUUACAUUACCCGCGAAAUCACCGCCAUUCAGCUGGCCCACGAGCACGAGCUUGAGAGUGUCAACAGCUCAUUCCUCGGUACAUGCAAGGAGCUUUUCCUCAACAGCAGCAACCUUUAUCGUCUGUACCUCGCCAGCAUGGUCCAGGUCCUUGCUCAGUGGUCUGGCGCCGGCUCUAUCACUCUCUACGCUCCCGAUCUCUUCGCCCUUCUCGGUAUUAAGGGUUCUGAGACUGGUCUGCUUGUUACAGCCCUCUUCGGCAUUGUCAAGCUUAUUUCAGCCAUUACCUGCGCUCUCUUCCUUGUCGAUGUUAUCGGCCGAAAGCGUGCUCUUAUCGGAGGCAUUGCCCUGCAGGCUCUUGCUAUGAUCUACGUUGGCUCAUUCCUCACUGCUGUCCCCGAGCCUCACAGCUCUUCCGCUGCUGCUCGCGGUGCUAUGGCUAUGAUCUACAUCUCUGGUAUUGGUUGGGCUCUUGGUUGGAACACCAUGUCCUACAUUCUCACCGCCGAGUUGUUCCCCCUCCGUGUCAGAGCUUUCGGUACUUCAUUCGCCAUGACCCUGCAUUUCCUCUGCCAAUACGGUAGCAGCCGAGCCACUCCCAACAUGCUCUUGCCAUCAUCCGAGGGUGGAAUCAACCCCAACGGCACCUUCUGGACCUACGCUGCUAUCCUGGUUGUGGGUGGUCUUUGGGUCGUUGUUUCAGUACCUGAGACUGCUGGUCGUUCUCUUGAGAGCAUGGACAGACUCUUUGACCUUCCUUGGUACAAGAUUGGUUUGUUUGGCAACCGUGACGCUGAGCAGCAGGAUGCCGUGUACGACGAGAAGGAGAGCGUUGCUAUGAAUACUCAGGGACAGGUUGUUUAUGUUGAGAACAAGUCCAGAGAGGUUGUGUAA